UUUUAUCUUUUUCCUGUGCAGUAUUGUGUAUGGACCGAUGGUUUGAACGCCCUCCUUGGGAAGGAUAUGUUGAGUGACCUAACGCGGAAUGACCUAGACACGCUGCUCAGCAUGGAGAUAAAGCUACGCCUCCUUGACUUGGAAAAUAUACAAAUCCCAGAUGCUCCCCCACCUAUCCCAAAGGAGCCCAGCAACUAUGACUUUGUUUAUGACUGUAACUGAGGCAGUCACUGAAACUUGCUCUGAAACUGGAAAUACAUUAUAACUGGAGAGAUGUUUAAAAAAAAAAAAAGGAGUGAGGAAAAAAGAAACCCACUUUUGCACCUUGGAUUUUGGCUUUGGGGAGGGAUGUAGAAGCAUUUGCAUUCCUCCCUGUUCCCUGCAUCCCUUUCUUCCCCAUUCCCAUCUUCCCCAUUGCUCAUCCAAAUCCACAUUGCUUUAAUUAACUUGUAAUUGCAGGCCAUUGGCCUUGCUUAAGGCAAAGACUGCCAUUAAGAAGCACCCUCCUGAGGACUUUUUUUAUGUUUUUAAUACUGGAAUAGACAUUCUUAACUAAAGGACGUUGUUACCAAACUGCAUGCCUGUGAAACCCACUUGGCAGGGCAGAGGCUUUAACUGGAAGGAGGGAGGUAGGGAGCAAAAGCAGCUACUGUAAGCAGAUUUCCCAAGACACUUACAAGAAUCUUCUCACCACUGAAUCCAAUGUGAUGAUGAAAUUCAUUAACUGCUGCCCAGUGCUUGCACCGUCUGCCACUGUCAUUAUUCUCUCCACCAUCAUCUCAACUAUUGCCUCCAGCCUUCACCCAAAUGAUUGGCUCCUAGAGCGGAAAGUCUGCAGGUUUUUGCUGUACCAUACGCUACAAUGCUGCAACAGCUUUUAACUUCUUUUCCUCCCAGCUCUUACAAUAGCCCCACACUAGCAGAUCACUCACACAAACCCUGUAUGAAGCCACUAGUGUGCCCCAUUCCUGUAGCAUUCCCCAAGCCUCAGUUGCCUCUGAAAUUGGCUUGUUGCUAUUUGAAGUGAUUUUUAUUUCCUUGGUCCAAAGUUUAACAGUAAUUUUUAAAAAUUAAUUACAAUUGCCAAACAUCCCAGUUUACAUUGUUGCCAUUGCUACAGUGUUGGAAAUUUGCAAGGGAUUUUUUUCGUACGGGUUCUAAUAUUUUUAUUUUAUUUUGCCAAACAAAUAUAUUUAAUUAAAGCUAAUUUCAUUGUGAGUACUUUUGGGGAACAAUAUUUUUACUUAAUUUCCAGUUGGAACAUUUGCCCUGAAGGGAAAAAAAUGCCGUUCCCUUCAACUUCACUGUUGAAUAAAAACCUGAGUUGUGAUGAUUCUUGGGACUUCAUUUUUCUUCUGAAGUUUUCUUUUAUUCCUUAUGGUUCUUAGCUAUUCUGAACUAUUUAGUAAAAAGAGGAGUGAGAAGACUUUUCUUAUAUGCAUCUGAUUUAACUUACGUGUUUGUUAGUGGUGACAAGGAUGAAAUGCAUCCAGAGAUAUUGCCAUGGUUACCUGAGCCUUCCUGUGAGAAGGGCCCUUGUGAAAUCCAAAAUCCCAGCAUACUGAUGUGCUCGUGGUCAGUUCAAGACUGUUGCCUUUCCUGUGUUUGCUGGGGUAACUUCCUGUGUUUCCAUUUUUUCCAUUGAGAGUGGUUAUGGCUGCAGCAGAUUGGUAUUGGGGAGGUUUGAGAUUUGCAGGAUGGAUUACCUUCAUCCUCAUGUUUUCCUAGGUAUUUCAGUAAGUUCAACUGCAAAAUUCUGAGUCUAGAGGAACCUACCAGCUCUUUCCCUCUCACUGCACAUGCUGAAGACAGAUGUUUAUCAGUAUUUCAGACUUGGUGCUUCCGAUGGGUAUUGUUUUGCUGGUAAAAGAAACACCUAAGAAACUCCUAAGCUGUAAGAGCCAAUCACACUGCCAGCUCAGUGGUACUCCAAUGCUGUGGUCUUAGCAGGCAAACAUCUGCUUGACAAUCAGAGAGGCAUAAACAAAAACCCUCCUCCAGGGUACAACUUGACCAGGAGAUAAAGGUUUGACCUGCCUCCUCCACUAAGGGUGCUUGUCUUCAGAAUUUGAAGGCCUGCAUGGGAACUUGUCAGAACAAAUUUCUGUCUUCUCUGGCAGACAGCUGAACUGCAAGGGGGCCCUGCAUCCCCUUAGCUGCCCUGUAGGCCACCAGCUACAAUACCACAGCCUCUGGCCAGCUCUCAAAAGAGGGAGGGAUGAAAGAAGAAACAUGCUCCUCUCAGAAGAUGGAGAGAGGAGCAUGGGCAUGAAAAGCCCCUGAAUGCAUCUACUCUUUGGCUAUUUUUCAUUGCAUUGGACUCAGUGAUCAGAGGUGCUUCUGAUGCAUCCAGCUCUAUAGUGAUUCAAGCUACCAAUCCUGAUCAAUAAGCAGAAAGAAAGACGUUGGGAGUAGGAGGACACUCCUGUACUGCCAUAUCUCCCCCUUCUCUCUUUUUUUGCUUCUUCACUGACAAGUAAAUGGAAUUAGCUUCACUGUCAUAUGAAAGUCAUUCAUCUAAGGAGCAUAAGGCGGUACCACAGCAAGGGGUUAUAUUAUACCUGGGAAGCUGAGGGCCCAAGCAGUGGACACAAAAAUGAAGCCUGCAGCCAAGAUUUGGAGGUCCCUGAACAGAGAGAAAUUCCUUACGAGAGAACUACAAUGUGAGGGGAAGCUCUAAAUGUGUGCUCCCAGAUGGCUGAAGUGGAAAGGCAGAAAGCACCACUGAAAAGGCUGAGGAUCCACCACUCAUUCCCUGGAGGCCCAUGUUACCAUAGCCACUGGAUUAUAUCAUUAUUAGCACAAGGAUGAAGGAGUCUAGGCAAACAUUUCUUAAUUUAUUCUGCAUCCUCUGGCUCUUACUUCUGCUGAAGAGUGCCUCUUCUUCCCCUCCACCUCGUGGAAAAGACCCACGACCCCCUUCCCUCCCCUUUGGGCUGUACAAAGGACACACCUGUGUUGGAUGUGUGCUUGUGGUGUCUGUCAUUGAACAGCUUGCACAGUGGCACAACAGUACAGUAAAGGCAGCUGUGGAGAGACUGUGUGACUACAUACCUGAAAAACUGCAAGGUUUCUGUUAUGUGCUUGCUGAACUUUACGGACCACACAUAGCUGAACUCAUAGACAGGAAAAUGAAUGCUGAUGUGGUUUGCCAUUCCUUGAGGCUGUGUAAACAGGAUCCAGGACAGCUGCUUUGUCAUCUCUACUCUCCUCCAAAGGUGGGACUGAGUGUUGCAAUAAGAAAAGCCAAAAGAGUUAUGAAGACUUCCAAGGACCUGAAAAGCUUCUUGGGGUUCUCGAGUGUAUGUGCAUUUCCUCUUCUGGCUAACCUGUGUGAGAAGAUUAAAUAUGUUCUAAGAAAUAAACUGCCUUUUGAAGAUUUCGAUGGAGAUAAAUUUAGUACUUUCCCAACCUUGAGGGGCUAUCACUGGCGAGGCAGAGACUGCAAUGACAAGAACACAACCGUGUACCCUGGCAGACGUCCUCAUAAUUGGGACACAAAAAGUGACUCUAACUGCAAUGGCAUAUGGGGUGUGGAUCCGAAAGAUGGAAUUCCCUAUGAAGAGAAAUUCUGCAAAGGUGCAGACUCAAAAGGCGUUGUGCUCUUGGGAGACUCGGCCGGGGCUCACUUCCACAUCCCUCCGGAGUGGAUGACCGUCACACAGAUGUCAGCGAAAUCAUUUGCUAAUCUCCCCAUGGCUUUCAGUGAUGAGCUUGACUGGCCCCAGUUCUCAGAGAUCACUGGAUUUCUGAAUUCUACCAUCGGAGGAUGGACAGACUCUCUGUAUCUACGUUUACGCAAGAGAAAUCGCUGUAACCACAGAGACCUGCAGAACAUUUCUCAAAAUGGUGGUUCUUCAGGAAACCUGCUCUCUUUAAUGAAAAGUUUGGCCAGAAACCAGCUGUUGGACAAUCCAGCCAUAGUUAUCUACGCUACAAUUGGGAAUGAUGUCUGCAACAGGGAACGUGACACACUGGCCCACAUGACCACGCCCAAAGAAAUGCUCUCCAAUGUGGUGCAAGCUCUGCGAUACUUGGAUUCCCAUCUUCCAAAUGGCAGCCAUGUGAUUUUAACAGGCUUGGUAGAUGGUCGCUUCCUCUGGGAUAACCUGCAUGACAGAUACCAUCCUCUAGGCCAGCUGAACAAGGAUGUCACGUACAGUCAACUCUACUCUUUCCUUGACUGCCUCCAGGUGAGCCCCUGCAGUGGCUGGCUGACACCCAAUGAGACCCUCAGGAAUCUGACUUCAGUGAGAGCAUUACAACUUUCCAAUGUCCUGAAAGAAAUAGCAAGAUCUGAGAAAUUUGUCAACUUUGAUAUUUUCUACAUGGAUUUCCCACUGAGACAAACGGUUGAGGAGUGGCGCAAGAUGGGAGGUGAGCCCUGGCAGCUGAUCGAACCAGUCGAUGGCUUCCACCCCAGCCAGAUUGCUGCAGCCCUUGGAACAAGUAUUACCUGGCAGAGGGCGCUACAUGAGUGGCCUCAAGUACUUGGCAAGGAGAAUCCAUUCAACGAUCAGAUUGAAGCCAUAUUCAAAGAUCAAGGUGGACACUGACUUCCGAACUGCCAGAGCCCUCACGUGAUUUAUGGUGGUGAUUCCAUGAGUCAAGAUGAUUAAAGACAACACAUAAAGAAGUGGGGAGGGAAAG